AUGGAAUUACAAAAUUUAGGUCAUAUUGCUCAAGUUCAAUGUAGUGAAGUAUGGUGUCGUAUGACACCAGGAUUUUUUCAAGAGUAUGAAUCAAUUAAAAAUGAUAAACAUCGACGUUUACUUUUGUGUAUUAUGAAUCUGAAUAAAUACCGUGCAUGUGAUUUUUUAUUAUGUUAUCAUGAUAGGCACGAUAAUAAAAUAAUCGUCUUUUCUGAUAUUGUACCUACAUCAUUUGAUUUACCUGAUGCUAAUAUAUUAAUACAAAUAUCAAGUCAUGGAGAAUCAAGAAGACAAGAAGCACAACGACUUGGUCGAAUUUUAUGA